AUGCUUCUAAUCACGACGGUAACAGUUUGCUCAAUAAUUGCAACGUUGUGUAGCUCGAAUCCAUGGUACCAUCCUUCGACACAGUCAGAUAAUACUGAUGAGGAAGCUGGAAUGCGUCAAAAAGCGUCUUUCUGUGUUCAAGACUGCAUGACGACGAUGGAUUGUGAUGCAGGUUUAAGCUGUUUCCAUGCGACCAGCGAGAACAAAGGAUGCUGUCUAAUGGCAUUGAAACCGAACGAAACCGGCUGUGUGUUGGACGAUCAAUGCCGUCGAGCCUGUGAAAGCACGGUAUGUGAAAAAACCCAUCAAGGCUCGAGAUGUAUGUGCGAAAAAGGACGUCAUUUCCUGUUCAACAAAUGCUGGACGAAAUGCCCUGAAUUCGCAUACCCAGAACCUGUUGUUGAUGAGCUUGGAUUCAGCAGCUGCACGUUGAGAACGGACCUGAGGACGGCCAGCAGAUUGAUGCGCCGUUUCAGGCGGGAGUUGAAGAGCAACUUCUGUUGA